ACAACACCAUAACAACACUCUCGAUUACCAUCAUUAUCAUCAUCCUCAUCAUCGUGAGCUUCUCUCUACUGUCUGUGAUCAUCAACGCUUGAUUUGAUAUCUCUGAUCAAGUGUUUUAAAAACUGACGUAUACGCGUUUCUUUAACGUUACCUGUCUGCGAGAUAUUGGGUCUUUCGCAGAUUGAAAACAUAGUGCCAAAUGUACCAGCUGUGAAAUGGAGAACGUUUAGAGAUGGAAAAACAAAAGAGUUCUGGUGAGGAGGACAGUUCUUUGGAGACGGGUCUGCUUCAUACAUGGAAGGGAUAUUCCUACAGCACCACACCAGAACGGGUGCUGCUCUCCCGGCCGGUGAUCCAGGCUGCCCUGGGGGCUCGACAUGGUGUUCUGCUUGUAGAAGGGGGGCAGGUCUACAGCUUUGGGGAACUGCCAUGGAAACAAAAUCAAGCGACAUCUGUGGCGUCUGAACCCGUUUUGGAGGCGGUGCUUAGCGAACAGCGCGUUGUUUUUGUGGCUGCCGGCUCUGCCCACAGUGGAGUCGUUACGGAAGAUGGAGGUGUGCAUAUGUGGGGAGAUAACUCUCAUGGUCAGUGUGGCCUGUUGGGUCUGUCUGUCAUUCCUAACCCAACUCCCGUGGGUGUGGUUGACUCUGAGACCACGCCCUCUCAGUCAGUCAAGAUCUUGGAAAUGGCAUGUGGGGAUCAGCACACACUGGCACUCUCAGCCAAGCAUGAAGUCUGGGCUUGGGGCAGCGGUUGCCAGCUGGGGUUGAACACGUCAACCUUUCCUGUCUGGAAACCCCAGAAGGUGGAGUGCCUGGCUGGAAAGCAUGUGCUGCAAGUGGACUGCGGAGCUUCUCAUAGCCUGGCUCUAGUGCGGUGUCCCCCGUCUCCACAGGAAUCUCGGAAACCCCUUGUAGACAAGUGCGGUCAUUGCCAUCAGCUGCUUUACACUAUGACGGACAAGGAGGACCACGUCAUCAUCUCAGACGGCCAUCAUUGUCCACUUGGUGUUGAGGUGGAUAGCACUGAGGCCAAGUCUGACCCAGAUCAGGGGUCAUUGAGUAAGCAAGGCAGGAACUCUCCCGAAUCAUCUGUAACCUCCAGUGCUAAUCCUGCAUCUACAACUCCACCUUCAAGCACACCUGCCACUGAGUGCCAACAUCAUUCCCUUGCAUCUAGCCAAAAACCUGGAGAACCAGCCAUGAAAGACUCAUGUGGGCUUGGUGGUACAGUUACUAAUGGAGAGGUUUGUGUUGAAGCCUCAGAGACCACCACCAUUGAGACAGAUAGCUGUAAAGCCACAGGGUUGAAGUCCUCUCCGUACCCAGAUGAGCAAGCAGUGAAGGCCUACCUGAAGAGACUUUCUGAUCAUUCCCUGGUGGAGCACACGGCCAAGACCUCCAGCACACUUCACUCUGCUCAGAUCUCCAGUGAUCCUGCUGUGUGUUUCGCCUCCGAGCCUUUUAUCCCGGUUGCCCAGUCUGUGACCCCGAUGGGCUCGGCACUGAACAAUUUGGUGGCGUCAUGUGCCUCUGCAGUAGGGGAGCGUGUGGCAUCCACGUACGAGGCGCUGUCUUUAAGAAAAGUAAUUGGUUACUGGGUUCCUGGUGAGGGGCGUGAGCGACUGGAAGAGAGACUCCGUCUGGAAGAGCCCAUGCAGGGCAAGAAAAGCUCUAGCCUGGGGGACAUCCGUGAGGAGGAGGCGGAGCUUAGCCGUCGCCUGUCCCUGCCGGGUCUUCUCUCUCAGGAUAAUGCAGAGGCUGAGGUGAAGGCAAUGCUGUCCACUGCAACACCUGAAGUGUCUCCUCGUCUUUUGCGGCGAACAAGUCGUACACGUGGACGGCCUGUACCGCUCACUUCCGGAGGUAUAUCCGAGUCAGAUGCCCACUUGCCAUCUUUGCAGACAGAAGUGUGGAGCUGGGGGCGGGGCCAAGAAGGACAGCUUGGACAUGGAGACCUCCUCCCCAGACCGCAGCCCGUCUGCAUUAAAAGUUUUAGUGGUAAAGAGGUGUUGAGAGUGGCCGCAGGUGCUUCUCACUCUCUUGCCCUGACCACACAAUCACAGGUGUUUUCCUGGGGCUGUAACACAUCUGGUCAGCUCGGACACAUGGAAUCACCCACCAAUUUUCCUCAUUUAACCAAGCUGUCAGAGGGGAUUCGUGUGUGGGAUAUAGGGGCAGGACAACAGCACACUCUCUUACUGGCUGAUGGAGAUUGUAUGCAACCAAUCCUGUACUACAGUGGGAAGCAGGUGAAAGAAGAGCAAGAGGAGACAGCAGAGGAGCAAACAGGAAAAUAUACACAACAACCUGUGCUGUUGCCCUUCUGUAUGAACUUGGGUUAUGUGAGCAGCGUGUGCACGGGUGGACAGACAUGCGCGGCGCUGGCAGACCGUAACGUAAUGGGUUUUAAAAGCAGUCUACACGAGCUGGCUGCCGCAGAGCGAAAAUACUACUGUAAACUCAGUAACAUCAAGAAUCUUCUGCUACAGCCUCUGCUCAAACUGGAUUCUCUAAGCUCCGCCCUCGGUCAGUCUUCAGGGCUGCUGCAGAAUUUGAUUGGACGAUUAGGUCGUCUGUCUCAGCUCACCGGUCAAAAUUCAGCUUCCCUGACCUCUUUCCUGAGACGGUCGCGUGACAUCCGAGGUAUUGUUCUUCUUGAUGACGCGCAUCUUUUCCUGGACACGUAUUCAGAGUACUGCUCUGCAGUGGGUGAUUUCUUAGUCAUGGGAGGAUUUCAGGCUCUUGUCAAGCCUUGCCAGGAUGUGUUUGGCAAGGGGGCAGAUGUUGUUCAAAGGUUGUCUGAAUGUUCUGAAGAGGGUUUGGCUUUAGCUGAUAUUCUGGCUCAUCUCUUUUACCUUCCCAUCAAACACCUGCAUGAAUACGGACGGCUGCUGCUCAAACUGGCUUCCUGUUAUGAUCCGAGCUCUGUGGAUUAUCAGAAGUUGCAGGAUGCCUCCUCGAAAUACGAGUCAAUGGCUCUUCAUCUGAAGAGGAGGAGAAAGGAGGCAGAAUACACACUACACUUCUGGAAGAGUUUUCCUGGGAAGAUGACCGACUCCCUUCGUAAAGCAUCUCGUCGGCUGGUCUGUGAGAGCAGUAAUAAAGCAUUGACUCUUCAGAACGCAGGCCGUUUUUCAGUCAACUGGUUCAUGCUCUUUAAUGAUGCACUCGUUCACGCACAGGGCAUGGUCCCCUAUAAAAGUUUUUUUUCCACUCAUCAUGUCUUCCCAUUGGCUACGCUAUGGGUGGAGCCUGUAUCUGAGGACAACACUGGCCUGUAUGGUUUAAAGCUGACCUCACCCGAAGAGAGUUUCACUUUGCUGGCAUCAUCCUCAGCUGAAAAGGCGAAGUGGCUUCGUUCCAUAAACCAGGCAGUGGAGCAGGCACUUAGUGGUCUGGGUCAUGAUGGGAUACCUCCAUCCACCGGGUUGACACAGCGAGCAGAUCCGCCCAUUUCGCGGACAGCAUCGUAUACGUUCUACAAAGACAGUCGGCUUAAGGAGGCCACAUACGAGGGCAGAUGGGUCUCAGGAAAACCCCAUGGGCGGGGUGUGGUCAAGUGGCCGGAUGGAAGAAUGUAUACUGGGGCGUUCAAGAACGGCCUUGAAGAUGGUUUCGGAGACUAUGUUGUUCCAAACAAAACUCAGAACACCUGUGAUCAUUACCAAGGACAGUGGAAAGAUGGGAAGAUGCAUGGAUUUGGGACGUUCAGAUAUGCCUCGGGUGAGGUGUACGAGGGCUCGUUUCAAGAUAACAUGCGUCACGGUCACGGGAUGCUGCGUAGCGGGAAGCUGAACUCCACCUCCCCCAGUGUUUUCAUCGGCCAAUGGCAGUACGACAAAAAAUCUGGCUAUGGUGUAUUUGAUGACAUCACCAGGGGAGAGAAGUACAUGGGCAUGUGGUUGGAUGAUCAGCGGCAGGGCAACGGAGUUGUUGUCACGCAAUUCGGCCUGUACUACGAAGGUGCUUUCAGCAACAAUAAGAUGAUGGGUACUGGUGUGUUACUCUCAGAAGAUGACACCACAUUCGAGGGAGAGUUUUCAGAGGAUUGGACUUUAAAUGGAAAGGGCGUGUUGACGAUGCCUAAUGGAGAUUACAUUGAAGGUUCCUUCAAUGGGGUAUGGGGAACCGGACUGAAGAUCUCAGGUUCCUACUAUAAACCCAGCCUCUAUGACUCAGACAAGGAGAAAACUCAUUUUAACAAACUGGGGAGGUUAGCCGUCCACUCGGAAGAGAAGUGGAAGGCCGUGUUUGUGGAGUGCUGGGACAGACUGGGUUGUGAUUCUCCUGGACAGGGAGAAACCAGUACAGCGUGGGACAACAUCGCUAUAGCACUCACUGUUAACAGAAGACAGCAGCGAGACAGUCCAGAGUUGCUGAGUCGCUCUCAUCAUAAAACACUGGAGAGUUUAGAGUUCAUCCCUCAGCAUGUCGGUCCUGUAACUUUAGAAGUCUAUCACACAAUUCGGCGGUAUCUCGUCAAGGCAUGCGACACCCCGCUUCAUCCUUUGGGUCGACUGGUGGAGACGUUGGUUUCUGUGUACCGCAUGACAUAUGUUGGUGUUGGGGCCAACCGUAGAUUACUGCCCCAGGCUGUCAAUGAGAUCCAGUCCUAUCUCAGUCGCAUUUUCCAGCUGGUCAGAUUCCUCUUUCCUGAUCUACCAGAUGAAGGAGGAUCACUGGCUGAGCCCAGAAAGGAGAAGACUGACACAGACACCACUGGGAAGUUGCUGGAGUCUCCUAAGCCUGGGUGUGUGGUGAGCAGUUCAGCUCUCCUCCUGCCGGUUCUUCUGCCUCGUCUCUAUCCUCCUCUCUUCACUCUUUAUGCUCUGGACAAAGAAAAGGAGGACGAUGUGUACUGGGAAUGUGUCAUACGACUCAACAAGCAGCCAGACCUUGCACUGCUCGCCUUUCUUGGGGUGCAACAGAAAUUCUGGCCUGUGACUGUUACUCUGCAUGGUGAAAAACAGCAGGUUCUCUCAAACACUAAAGAUGCCUGUUUUGCCUCUGCGGUUGAGACACUACAGCAGAUCAGCACAACUUUCACCCCCUCGGACAAGCUUCAAGUAAUCCAGCUGACCUUCGAGGAGAUCACACAGGAAGUACUUGCACUCCUAAAACAGGAUUUCCUGUGGUCUAUGGAUGACCUGUUUCCUGUCUUCCUCUUUGUUGUUUUGCGUGCAAGGAUAAGGAAUCUGGGGUCAGAGGUCAGUCUAAUCGAGGACCUGAUGGAUCCGUGUGUGCAACACGGAGAGCAUGGAAUCAUGUUUACCACCCUUAAGGCAUCCUACUAUCAAAUCCAACAUGAGAAGGUCACAUAAUAAACAAAUCUCUCCAAUGUCAUCUGGUGGUGUUGUGGAAUGAUUGACAAACAGACCAGCCAAUCACAGUGUUCGAUCUGACGGUUGUCUGCCUAAGCCACACGGCCUAUGUGCAAGUCAGACUAUUUUGCAAGGAUUUUUAUUUCUAUACUGUUUCAAACAGUUAGCAUUUACUAUUUAUAUUGUCAUGUCUUCCAGUUUUUUUAUUUCUGUCAUUCUAUCAAGAUUCUGUGGGUUUUAUUUAAGGAUGGUGUCUUGAAGGAUCAAUGCCUCCGAAGAGACUGCAAUUAAUGUGAUGUUGAAUAUUUUUGUUUGACAAUGCAUGAAGUUCAAAGUCGUCCGAAGUAAAGGUUGCCAUCUACCUCAGUCUUCGAAGUAAACUACAAUGUAAAACGUAACUUUUCCUGAUAGUAUUGCAGCGUUUAAUACAAGCAGCACACUGCCUGGGAUCCAUGUGGAAUACAACUAACACUACAUACUAUUUAGUUCAGCCAAAUUGAAUUUAAUAUUGAAACAGCUCACGCUAUUGGAUGGUUCACACGAUUUGUGUUGAUGUUCUUUUUCUAUGCACAGAAGUUACCAAACCGUCUAUAUUGCGCACAAACAUUUGGUGUGGUUUCCUUUCUGUGAAAUGUGAAGUAUUUUUGUGGUAUUUUUUUUAAAUGGUUUCAAACUUUAUUUUUAGGAUGGCGUUUAUUCUGGGCUCUUCUGCAUCUAGAUGGUCAACAGUGUUUGAGGUUUUAAGUCGAAUCGGCAACAUUAGGAAAAAAGUUUUGGAAACCAUUGCAAUGAGCUACAACACUUAAGAUUUGCAUACUAACCUGACCAUGAGGUUUGUUUUUCGCAUUACAGUUGGAAUACUACAGAACGGUCAUCGUGACACACAUAAGCACUUGUAGUAUUCCUUACUGUACUUUGGUUCUCAACAGAAGUAUGUUAAAAGUGCCUCUGACAGCAGUAUGGAUGUUUAUCAUUAUGUACGUCAUUAUACAGCAAUAGCUUUUGAGUCGAGUCUGCUUUUUAAAGCUACGGCCUGUGGUGAUUGUUUUCUUUUAUUGAUGUUUUAUUUAUUUGAUUUGGUUUGAUCUGGUUGCAGCAAGAAUACUGGGUCUUAUUCACUAAGCAUGCGUACACACAAAUUUGGUGUAAAAUUACAGACGUUCAAACUUACAAAAAAUGAUUCAACAAAGACUUUCGAGCUAAAAUUUUUUUUAAAUGUAUGCAAAAACGUAAGGACAAUUUAGAACACUCGUACACAAUAUUCCUGAACAAGGAAAAAAUAAAAUAAAAUAUAUAACACACACACACAUAUAUAUAUAUAUAAAAUCUAUUAUAGGGUUCUUUUUCCUUGUUCAUGUUUAUUGCGCACAUGUGGUCUACAGUAAGUUGUUCUUACAUUUUUGCAUACAUUUAAAAUACAUUUUUGUAUGAAAGUUUUUGUUGAAUCAUGAUUUGAAAGUUAAAAAGUUUGUACAUUUUACAAACAAAUUUGUGCGUACGCAUGCUUAGUGAAUGAGACCCACUGAAGUGAUGUACUGUAGAUAAUCUGUGGAGAAAUUCGCAUAGCAGCAGAAGGAUGGCGAUAUUUAUAAAUCAUCCCAUUUGAAUAAAUGAUCAGAAACCCUACUUCCAUGGAUUUUGAACUUGUGAAUAUGAUUGUAUGUAACCGUUUAAACUCUGUGAAACUGUUAUGGCAAAGGACUGUUGAUGUUUACAGUGACUGACAUUUGAGAUGUUGCAUGAAUAUCAUGGUUUUUUUUUUUUUUUUGGAUACAAUAAGAUAUGGUUUAUAAUUCCGGAUCAGUUUUCCUCUGCUGUGCCAGAAUAUGUACAUUGACCUGUUUUUGAAUGUGUGUGUGUGUGUAUGAGGUAUCUGUGUCCUUUUUAAAAGAUGAAGAAAAUGAAUAGUUAAAAAUUGAAGGACUAAUAAUUUACUGUAAAUGAAUGGCAAUAAAGCUCUGGAUGAUCGUUGAAAUUGUCAUCUUAACUUUUUGAGUGCUCAAUAAAUAAUAUUUUGGACAGAGAGAACAGUAAUACUGGAUCCAGCUUUUACAUCAAUGCAAUACCAAAUCUGGAUCGUAAUUUUUUUAUGCUGCAUAAUUGUUGGCAUCUGCCUAGUUUGCUUUUACCAAGUGGCAGAUGUACCAAAAUACUUUGUUUUAGGGUUUGAUAAUACUGUAGGCUUUUAAUGUGAA